CAGCUACCAGAAUCCCCGCCUUUCUCUCCCCAACCGCGGAGCCCAGAUGCCCCCAUCAGAUUCUCACAGCCCCCACUGACCACCCCACAGACAUCUCAUAGGAACCCUCCAGAGGCCUUCAUAAACCCAGACACCCACGGACGUCCCCACAGAUAUCUGCAGACCCUACCCAGAGACCCUCACAGAGUCUUACAAAGAUCCCGCAAAACCACUCACAGAGAUCCGGCAAAACCCCAUUAAAAGAAGUGACCCUCUAGGUUUGUCCCCUCCGGGUCAAAUGCAGACCCCUCAGGAGACCUCACUCACCGAGGAGGUGACCAGACUGCUGUUGCCACGGAGACUACUAGGCGUUCCGGUUGCCCUGGUGACGGAUCCUCCACUCCCGGCCAGGGUUCCAGAGGCUUCAGUCAAGCCCCUUCCUCAUCGGCCCUGGAUCCUCUCGUCCCUCCCUCUCCCACCCUUCUUCAGAACUGGCCAGAGCUCCUUUGCGAUUUUCUGCAGGUGUCCUAGUCCCCUUCUCAAGUUGUGACUUGCAGGCAAGGCCUCUCAGCACACAGCGCCUGCAGCCAGGGCUCGUCCACAACCACAAGCGCCUUCUCUCCCUCGGGGCCAAUACUUCCCCUUCCCGGCUUCAGACAAGAUCCUGACCUAAGGACUUGUAACAGCCGAGACAAAGCCCAGAGAUGGAAGCAGACAAGGUCACAGAAGAGCCUCAUACCACCAUGUUUACGGAAGAGAGCCUUUCUUCAAAGGACCCCUCUGCUGAGGACUCACAGGAGCCCCCUAUCCCUGAAAUCCCCUUAGAGCCUGCCCUCUCUGAAACCCCUUUAGAGCCCCUUGCCUCUGAAUCUCCUAUGGUGCCAUCCAUUUCCCAGAUCCCUUUAGAGACCCACACCUCUGAAACCCCUUUGGAGCCUUCCAUCUCUGAGAUUCCUUUAGAACACUCUGCCUCUGAGGUCCCUUUGGAGACCCCUACCCCUGAGACCCAGUUGGAGACUCACAUCUCCAAUGUCCCAGAGAAACACCUUACUUUUCAGACCUCAUCACUAAGCUGUGUCUCUGUGUCUUCCUCUGAUUAUCUGAAGGAAGCCUUCUCUGAGUCUUCCUCCAGUGAGGGCUCAUGGACAAGGAGGUCUAUCCAGACCUCUGAAUCUGAGAGUGUUCCAAAGCACUCCCUUUCAGGCCUUCCAGCCCAGGUCCACCUGGACACAUCUGCAAAAGAUGGGGAAGAGGAAGAAGAGGGAGAGAAAGGGGUGGAUACCAUUGACAGCACCGCUCACGCAGCUCAGCCUGAACACCAGCUGGGUUACACCAUCCACCCAGUGGUCCCUGCUGAGCAGGCAGACCUGGUGGAAGUGACUAAGGCAAUGCACAAAGGGAAGUUUGGUGCUCAGGUGAAUUAUCUUUUCCAGUGGGAGAAGGAGGCAGCCCUGAAUGCCAUCCAAACAGGUCUCUAUAUUGGCUGGCGCUGCCUCCAUUAUCUAUGGGACUGUUUCCGGAUUGGGGAUGACUCCAAGUGCUUUUGUGGACACUUGUUGAGACAGCACCAGAUCAUCUCAGACAUAUCCGUGCCCUGCAAUGUAGGCCAGUGCCGCUGCCUCAUGUUCUGCUUUAUCCCAUCACGCCCAGAGGAGGUGGGUAAGUUCUGGCUCAAGAGACGAGCCACCUUUGACCCCAGGGCUUGGAGAGCCCAAUGUCGCUGCAAACACAGCCGUGAAGACCACGCAGCUACCAGGUCCCAUUCCUGCAGGGUCAAAGGCUGUUGGUGCAACUGCUUUGAGUCUAAUUUCCUCUGUGCGGCCUGUGACUGGCGCUGGGAAGAACAUGAGACUUUCUUUGAGACUGAGGAGACCUGGCAGCGAGGAGGGAGGCCUCACGGGACAGACACUGUCAACACCUGGUGCAGGCCUCUGUGA